GAUUGUGUUUUUGUUGUAGGUUAGAUUAGAUUUCGGUAUAUUUGAAUUGAAUAUUAAUACUUAGGCCUAACUUAUUCUAGUCUAGGCUCAUGCUGUGUUUUAGUUUGCCACUUGAUAUUAUUUAUUCAUUCAACUCUCAUGUUUAAAGAUUUAAAUGGAAAAAGCUAUGUGCAAAUGCGCUAGGUUAAUACAUUCAGGCCCACCAGUUUUAGGACAUUGGCGUUCUAUAAGAUAUUUCAGCUCAGCAACAAAUGCUGGUUCUUCACACAACUACUGUUUGGAUUUAGUAAGGAAAUACGAUUAUGAAAAUUUUCUCAGUAGUUUAUUGCUGCCAAACUCCGUGCGUUCAACAGCAUUUGCUGUAAGGAGCUUCAAUGUUGAAAUAUCCAAAGUCCAAGACCAAGUGAGCAACCACCAGUUGGCCCAAAUGAGGUUGAAGUUUUGGCUGGAAACAAUUGAUAGUUUAUUCAAGAAUCAAGUACGGGAACAUCCUGUGGCCCAAGAACUUCACAAGGCUAUAGGAAGGCAUAAACUGCAAAAGACACAUUUGAAAAACCUAGUGUUGGCCCGAACCAACCAGCUUUCGAGUACAUUUCCUAAUCUGGAGGUGAUGGAAAAGUAUGCUGAAUUAUCUGUUUCGUCCAUUUACUACAUGCUAUUGCAAGCAUCAGGUAUACAGAAUGUCCAUGCUGAUCAUGCUGCCAGUCAUCUAGGUAAGGCGCAGGGGUUGGCUAAUCUGGUACGUUCGUUGCCGCAUCACUGUACGCGUCGUGAUGUGCCACUGCCUCAAGACGUACUUGCGCGACAUCGUGUGUCUCACGAGACUGUUUUACGAGGACAUCGAGACCAGCCUGUGCGCGACGUCAUCUUCGAAGUAGCCUCUCGAGCCAAGCAACAUCUUGAUAAGGCUAGAAGCUUGAAGGAUAAAGUACCUGAGGGUACAUUUAUCUUACUUCUACCUGCAGCCUCCACCUCUUGGUUUCUGGAUCAGCUGCAGAAGUGUGACUUUGAUGUGUUUCACCCGAAACUGCAGAGGAGACAUCAUCUCUUACCUUGGACAUUGUACUUGAACAAGUUUCUGAAGCGAUAUUAGCCUGGUAACAACUCAGUUAGGCUGUUAGGUGGACUUUGUUGCAAAUAUCUGGAUGGAAUGUUUAUAAUAGUUAUUUGUGUAUAGUAACUAAGUGUCACUUUGCUGCACAUGAGAGACAAUUUUACUCGAGAAAGUUUCUCAAGCAGCAAAGGCAGUUUGCACUUGUGUUUGUGUUACACAUUAUAUUUUUCCUACAGUUAAUAUAAAUAAUAAGUCUUUCAAACAAUGUACGGUACAACACGUUUUAAAGGUUAGGUUAAAUCCAAACAUUGAACGAAAUCGGAAACGCUGCACCAGCUGAUCGUAGUCGUAGUAUCUUUAAGUGUUGCCAACUUAUUUUCAAGCGUAUACAUAUUAAGUGCAUAAUAAAAGCACACUGUUUUAUGUUGUUUGGUUGGAAUACUGGUGUGCGCCAAAGUAAAAUCCGUGCGACAAAGUAAGGCUUACUGUACUAUAAUCUGUUCAAUGAAGCCCACUUUGUCGGAUGACUGUAGGAAAAAUUUUUUUAAGUCAAAUAGAGAGGUAUUUUGAUUAUUUUUACCAUUCAAAAUGGUGUUACUAGUAAAGCUUGUCAUUAACAGAGUAACUAGUUAAGCUAAUCAUUGACAUUUUGCACCGCAGCAGCCGUGCUAUGAACCUACGCUCGUAAAUUAAUAGUUGAAUCUCAUCUGCAAGUGUCCAGUCGUAUUCAGUCUUUAGUCCACUUCUGCUAGCCAGCCGUCAGUGAAAUGGUGGCUGAGUAGAUAGACGCGUUGCACUGACAUGUGUUUAGCUCUGAAGUUUUUCUUUAUGCGUGGGUUUGAUUCCAGCAUUAAGCUUACUAAUGUGGCCCUUAGCUGGUGAGAGGACCCACCAUAAGUACGAUAAGUAAACGAUGUCCAGCAUGGGUAUAAGUUAACGUCAUUAUCCAUUAGUGAGUUUAGUAAGGAUUGCACACCUGUUUACACGAUGGAAUGGCCUCUGGAUUGUCUGAAUAAACUUAUAUAGGUUUAGGUCACCAGUUUCCUGUCAAAACGUAAACGAUCCUUAGGUAGUACUAUGGGGACUACAGCUGCUUCGUGCUUGAAGAAAAGUUACACAUCUUCAUGCCAAUGUUAAUGUUUUGUCGUGCAUGUUUUAACCGUACAUAUUCCCUGUUUUAUUAUAAAAUUAUGACGAACUCUACAUGAGAGGUAUUCUUGACCUGAAGAUGAGCUAGUUUUCUACAAGCACAAAAUGGCUGUAGUCGCCAUAGUACUACCUAAGGUUCGUUUUGACAGCAAACAGGUAACCUACACCUGUUUAGUUUCUUUUUACACUAGUAAAGAGGAGGAGGAUGAAGUGAUCUCUUUUUGGGUUUUUAUUUUAGUUAAAUAUCGCAUCGUUUACUAGGCCCAUUAUUCAAUAAAAUGGGAAACUGACUCCAUUUUUUUUUAGUUUUUACGUCACAUCCAGUAUUUUGCAACAAGUUGUAUUAGUAUUUGUACAUACCCAUUUAUAUUGUUGAAAUAAAUCUGUUAUAAGU